CUACUCGUCCUUUCACUUUUACACUUUCACUGAAAGAGCAACCGCAAGCACCAGCAAGUCAGGUUGGUGGUCGGCACCGAUUUCACAAUGCCAAGGAAUACGGACAGAGUUUGAGGACAUGUGACAAGGACCAGGGCCCAAUGUGCAUUUAGGUGCCAGACUGCAUGGAGGAUGAGAUUUUCCAGACUACCCUUAAUCCUGCUGAGAUGAAUACUGGACAUAAUGUGGAGAUUCCUGACAGCGUUGACCACAGUUGUGUGUCUUCCUGGUUCCUGUGGGAUAUGCAUGGGCUUCUGUGGUCCAGCCGAGUAUGAAGUACAAGAGGAAUGCUGCCCUAUGUGUGGCCCUGGAUAUUAUGUGUAUAAUCACUGCACAGAACUGACCAGCACAUCAUGUGCUCCUUGUCCCUCAUCUACCUACAAUGAAGCACAGAGUGGACUGGUAUCAUGCAGAUCAUGUACAGUAUGUGACUCCACUGCAGGUCUAAGAGUGAAGAGGGCGUGCAGCUCCACCUCAGACACACUCUGUGAGCCUCUGGAAGGUCACUACUGCACUGACCCAAUCAAAGAUGGCUGCAGAGGAGCUGUGGAACACACAAAGUGCUCACCAGGGCAGUACAUCAAACACAAUGGUUCAGCUUCCUCAGAUAUUGUGUGUGGUGACUGUGUAGGUGACACAUACUCAGAUGGAACAUUCACAUCCUGCAGACCACACACACAGUGUGGAUCAGGAUAUCAGCUGAUAAAGGAAGGCACAUCAUCAUCUGAUGCUGAAUGUAAAAACUAUUUGAUUGAAGUCAUAACUUCAGUACUAGCCACAGUGGGCCUCCUGACCCUUAUUGCAGUAGCAGUAGUAUUGAUUUUUAAAAGAAAUCAGGAUUCCAAGAAGAGGCAAGGAGUUGAUAAUCAUACAGCACAAUAUAGAAAUGACAGAAGUUCCACAAAUGUGCUGUUGCAUCAGAAAUCAGAUGAUGAAACUAAGAAGAUGUGAUGAAUGACUGGCAGUGUCACUGCUACGGCCAUCUAACAGGGGUGUGAAUAGCUCAACUGUGUGGCCUAUGCUAUCAUACCAGCAUACCUACAUUUGUGCAAAUAGACACUCUGAAUAAGGUAUGCUGUUUGCAUCACUGUAUAAUUAGAAGUGCUAUUGGUACCCUGGUGUAUAUAGUAAUGUGUGCUAUUUACACCCUGGUCCGUGAACUAGCUAAUUGUUACAAUCAAAACUUCCAUUUGAGAACUGAUUUCUUCUUCAAAUUGUGUGCUUUCUCAGCAGAGAUGUUGGUACACAUGCACACUUCCACUUCCACUUGUCUUUACCAAAACACUUCACACAGGAAUCGAACCUCAGUCUCUCACAUAUUUUUAUAUUAAAAACGCUAUACCACUGAGCUAUCCCCUUCCACACCCAGAUGAGAGUUUGCAGGCAAAUUUGUAGUUAAUAGGCCUGAGCGUCAUAAUCACAAAAUUUCUGUUAACUAACAAACUGACAGUUGUAUGUAUUCACUGAACAAAGAUUAUGAAAAUAAAAAACAUUUUUUCCACCCAAAACUUAAUUUGAACAGAUAUUAGUACCGAAACCUUUCAAAAUGCUUCCCUUUCUGCUGACGAAAAAACGAAUGUCCGGCAUGUUUUUUGUGCACGCGAGCAAAGUAUUUUUGUUGUUACAUCACAGAGUGUGAAUAGCUCAGCUGUGUGGCCAAGGCUAUUCGUACCAGGGGUGCAAAUAGACACUCGGUUUAGGUUCCAGAUACACAGUCAUGUUAAUGCAUCUGCAUUUAUAAUCGUGCAAUUUGUGACCACUGGCACUGAGCCAUUUGCAGUGUGAAACAUGACUUGAAACCUCACACCGCAAUUACAGUAUGAAACAUGGCUUAAAACCUUACACCACAAUUACAGGGCACAUGUAUAUGAUGGCAAAGGCUCCUAAACAUGAAAAUGUUUAUUUUAUAAUGUGUACUAAGUUUCAUGCUUU